CAUUUGUCCAGCCCAGUUACCUUUUGCCCUUCUGAUUGUCAACAUCAAAAUAAAAAUUUAUUCACGUUACCGUAACAACCAAAGAUAGGCCUAGAUUCUGUUCUAAAUCUACAAUGCCGUCCUACAGUGAACGUAGACAAAUUUUACUGCUUGCAUGGUGCAAUUCGGCAGUCGGACCAAUACUUUUUAUCUGGGGAAUCUAUCCCGAGCUUGAAACUUGCCUGAAAGGAAGUGACACCAAAAUUAAAAACGACAAGGACCUAGCCCGGAAAUAUGAUCCACUUUUAUGGGCUUAUGGUUCCAUGAUAUUCUGCUCCUUUGUUUCCGGAUUAUGCACAAAUUUCGCAGUCACCGUGUUCCGCAAACACUGCGAUCUGCAGAUCAAAUUGGGAAGGGUGGCAGUGUACUUGGCGAAAGCGUUACUCUUCCAAAAUCUGGCGUUCAUGUUCUACAACCUGGAUCCGCUGGAGUGGAGGACGAAGGAUGGACUUUUGGGACCAUGGGGACAGAUUGAGUUGCCCUCCGGUACGUGUUUGUAUUCUAUCGCGGUGCAAUACUAUUUUGCGAGGAAGAUUGGUAAAUUUGUUAUAGAGGCAGAAAAUGCGGUAAAAUUACGACAAGAUAUUGUAAAUAGGGUGCAGCGAAAUAGAGCGAGCAACUGAUUUUUGGGGAAAUUUGUAUUGUAUUUUAUUGUAAUCGAACAAAUAUUUUUGAGUUUGAUCGAUAUGAAUUUAUAAAAGUUAGAAGAUUAAGGAUUUGAUUAUUUAAAUCGUGCGUGUUAUGUAAAUAUAUUAUUUUAAACAGUUAGAAGUAUGGAGUAAGACUUAUCAAAAUUGUAUGCAUACUGCGAAAAUAUUUUAUAACGAUGGUUCAAAAAUCGGUAUUUGUGUACAUAUUAAUUAAGCAAUUAUUUAAGUAAGUAAUGUUAUUUUUAAGCAUUAACUACUUUGUUUCGCUGGUGUGAAGUCGAGUAAAAAAAAUUAUAUGCUUUCUCAUAAUUACAUAGCAUUGUCAAUCUAUUUUUUUGGAAACAUUCACUUCAUCCGUUCUAAAAUAAAUUGACAAAAUUUUGAAGUAAACUCCAA